AUAGAUUCCGUUAUUAGGCAGUCCUGGGUGGAGAGAGCAGCGGAGGGUCAACAGCUCGAGGGCGAGGCACUCGUGAACUGAAAAAAAAAAACCAGAAAGAAAAAAAAAAGACCAUGGUUGCGCCGAGUGAGCUCGGCCGCCAUCAUGCUCUAGUUUCCCCUUCGCCUCUCCGGGUCCGCGACCGAGGAAGCGGCCUCUGGGAUGCUGAGGGGGUGUGUCCCCGGGUGAUUGGCGCAGGCGGCGCAGCCAAUCGGCGCUCGUCCAACGGGAAGCGCUGGGCCAAUGACCGGCGACGGCAGCAGCGCGGCCUCGGAGGGGCGGAACCGCAGCUUGACGGGCACCCGAGGCAGCCAGUGAAAGCCGGCGGCAUCUUCCCCGCGGCCAAUGGCGUGGGGGCCGGGGCGGGCGCUCGAGUGUUUGUGUUGUGGUUUUGGGGGAGGGAGGCGGAGGGGAAAGUUUGUUUAUUUUGUUUUUAGUUUCUGGGGUCCCCGUGUUUCUGGGCGGCGAAGCGGGCGGGAGUGACCCUCGGCGCCCCUCAGUCCCCUCGCUACGUCGCCUCCUCGGGCCUGCGGAGAAGCGGGGGACCGCGCGCGCAUCGCCUCGCCUCCCAGCGGACCGCCGCGCGCCGGGAGCCGAGCCGGCUCGGCGGCUCUCGGGUUUUUUUGCACUGAAUGUAGCCUAGACUCCUCCUCAAGGGCUUGUGUUGCCCCCAGCGUACUGUCGAAGGCAGUAUUUGCGUGUUCCUGCAGAGUUUUGCACAAAGUCUGUUCCCAUGCAAACCAAUGAGGGAGAAGUGUCUGAAGAAAGCAGCUCCAAGGUGGAACAGGAGGAUUUUGUAAUGGAAGGGCAUGGCAAGACUCCACCUCCUGGUGAAGAAAGCAAACAAGAGAAGGAGCAAGAAAGGGAAGAACAGUUAAUGGAAGACAAGAAAAGGAAGAAAGAGGAUAAAAAGAAAAAAGAAGCCACUCAGAAGGUCACGGAACAAAAAACCAAAGUGCCCGAAGUGACGAAACCAAGUUUAAGCCAACCAGCGGCCGCCAGCCCCAUUGGCAGCUCUCCAUCGCCACCAAUCAAUGGUGGCAACAAUGCCAAAAGGGUGGCAGUGCCGAACGGACAACCGCCCAGCGCCGCCCGCUACAUGCCCCGGGAGGUGCCGCCGCGAUUCCGUUGCCAGCAGGACCACAAAGUGUUACUGAAACGCGGGCAGCCGCCGCCGCCGUCGUGCAUGCUCCUCGGGGGCGGGGCGGGGCCUCCUCUCCCCACCGCACCCGGAGCGAACCCCAGCACCGCGCCGGGCACCCCGGGGACCCCGGGCACCGGGACGUUGCUGCCGAACGAGGGCGGGGCUGCACCAGAGUCCACCCUUGGAGGUGCUGCUGCUUCAAAUUAUGCAAAUUCCACUUGGGGACCGGGAGCCUCCAACAGCGGCGCCUCCCCCAACCCGACUCACAUCUGGGACAAGGUGAUUGUAGACGGGUCCGACAUGGAAGAGUGGCCUUGCAUCGCCAGCAGAGACACCGAGUCUUCUUCCGAAAACACCGCCGAGAACAACAGUGCCUCAACCCCUGGCUCCGAGAAGAGCACUGUGCCAGGGAGCACCACUAGUAACAAAGGAAAAGGAAGCCAGUGCCAGUCUGCAAGUCCCGGGAACGAAUGUAACCUCGGGGUCUGGAAGUCGGACCCCAAGGCUAAGUCUGUUCAAUCUUCCAGCUCUCCGACAGAGAAUAGCGGUGGACUAGGAAAUUGGAGGAAUGUGAGUGGGCAGGAUAGACUCGGACCCGCUUCCGGCUUCAGCAACUUUAACCCAAAUAGCAACCCAUCUGCCUGGCCAGCACUGGUCCAAGAAGGAAAUUCCCGAAAGGGGCCGCUGGAGGCCGAGAACAGCAAUUCCAGUGCCCAGGUCACCGCCGUCGGUCAGGCGUCCAGGGAACAGCAGUCAAAGAUGGAAAAUGCGGGUGUUAAUUUUGUUGUCUCGGGCAGAGAGCAGGCUCAACUUCAUAACACUGAUGGACCAAAAAAUGGAAACACUAACUCCUUGAACUUAAGUUCACCAAACCCUCUGGAGAAUAAGGGAAUGGCCUUCGGCCUGGGCUUGGGGAACGCCUCCAGGGGCACUGAUACCCCUUCGCAAAGCACUGGAGAUCGAAAGACUGGGAGCGUUGGAUCUUGGGGUGCAGCUAGGGGGCCUUCUGGAACUGACACAACCUCUGGACAAAGCAAUUCUGGAAACAGUGGGAACAAUGGAAAGGAGAGAGAGGACUCCUGGAAGGGGGGAUCUGUUCAGAAGGCGAGUGGGUCAAAAAACGAUUCUUGGGACAACAAUAACAGGUCUACGGGUGGGUCCUGGAACUUUGGCCCGCAGGACGCGAGCGACAGCAAAUGGGGUGAAGGGAACAAAAUGACAUCUGGGGUCUCUCAGGGAGAAUGGAAACAGCUGACUGGGUCUGACGAGUUGAAAAUUGGAGAAUGGAGUGGUCCAAACCAACCAAAUUCUAGCACUGGAGCAUGGGACAAUCAAAAGGGCCACCCCCUCCCUGAAAACCAAGGCAAUGCCCAGGCUCCCUGCUGGGGACGAUCUUCCAGCUCCACAGGAAGUGAGGUUGGAGGUCAAAGCACUGGAAGCAACCACAAAGCAGGAAGUAGCGACAGCCACAAUUCCGGCCGUCGGUCGUACCGGCCCGCACAUCCCGAUUGUCAGGCUGUCUUGCAGACUCUCUUGAGCCGAACUGAUUUGGACCCCAGGGUGCUCUCCAACACGGGCUGGGGCCAGACGCAAAUCAAGCAGGAGACCGUGUGGGACAUCGAAGAGGCGCCGCGGCCCGAGGGCAAGUCGGACAAGGGGACUGAGGGGUGGGAGAGCGCUGCCACACAGACCAAGAACUCAGGGGGCUGGGGGGACGCACCUAGCCAAAGCAAUCAAAUGAAGUCUGGAUGGGGAGAGCUCUCCGCCCCGACAGAGUGGAAAGACCCCAAGAGCACGGGCGGCUGGACCGACUACAAGAACAGCAACUCCUCCGGCUGGGGAGGGGGCCGGGCGGACGAGAAGGCCGCCUCCUCGUGGAACGAGAACCCGGGCAAGGAGCAGGGCUGGGGGGGCGGACGCCAGCCCGGCCAAGGGUGGGCUUCCGGGAAGAACGGCUGGGGCGAGGACGUCGAUCCGGCCAAGGGCAGCAACUGGGACAGCUCGGCCGGCAAACCCGUGUCGGGGUGGGGCGAAGGCGGGCAAAGUGAGAUCGGGACCUGGGGCAACGGGGGCGGCGCCGGCCUGACCUCCAAAGGCGGCUGGGAAGACUGUAAGCGCUCGCCAGCCUGGACCGAGACCGGCAGACAGCCCAGUUCCUGGAACAAACAGCACCAACAGCCGCCACCGCCCCAGCAGCCGCCGCCGCAGCCACAGCCGCAGCCGGAGCCUUCGAGUUCCUGGGGAGGCCCCCCGCCGCCCCCUGCGGGCAACGGGAGACCGGCGAGCUCCAGCUGGGGCAGUGGACCGCCGCCGGGAGCCCCCAAGGACGAGGAGCCCAGCGGCUGGGAAGAGCCGUCCCCGCAGUCAAUUAGCCGGAAAAUGGACAUUGAUGACGGCACUUCGGCGUGGGGCGACCCCAACAGUUACAACUACAAGAAUGUGAAUCUCUGGGAUAAGAAUUCCCAAGGGGGCCCAGCACCUCGAGAACCAAACCUGCCUACCCCGAUGACCAGUAAAUCAGCAUCAGUCUGGAGCAAAAGCACACCGCCUGCUCCAGAUAAUGGCACUUCAGCCUGGGGAGAGCCAAACGAGAGCAGUCCUGGGUGGGGCGAGCUGGAGGAGCCGGGCGCGUCGACCACAGGCUGGGGGCCUGCACCCUCCAACGCUCCAAAUGCCAUGAAACCCAAUUCCAAAUCUAUGCAAGACGGCUGGGGGGAGAGUGACGGGCCAGUGACAGGAACUCGCCAUCCCAGCUGGGAAGAGGAGGACGAUGGAGGAGUCUGGAACACCGCCGGCUCUCAGGGAAGCGCUUCCUCCCACAACUCAGCAAGCUGGGGACAAGGAGGGAAGAAACAAAUGAAGUGCUCACUGAAGGGAGGAAACAAUGAUUCGUGGAUGAAUCCUCUUGCCAAACAGUUUUCAAAUAUGGGGUUGCUGAGUCAAACUGAAGAUAAUCCAAGCAGCAAAAUGGAUUUGUCUGUAGGGAGCCUUCCAGACAAAAAAUUUGAUGUGGACAAGCGAGCAAUGAAUCUCGGGGAUUUUAAUGAUAUCAUGAGGAAGGAUCGAUCUGGGUUCCGUCCACCUAAUUCCAAAGACAUGGGAACCACAGAUAGUGGGCCUUAUUUCGAGAAGCUGACUUUGCCUUUCUCCAAUCAAGACGGGUGCCUUGGGGAUGAGGCUCCCUGCUCUUCCUUCUCCCCUUCUCCCAGCUACAAGCUGUCUCCCUCUGGUUCCACACUACCCAACGUCAGCCUUGGAGCAAUCGGCACAGGGCUCAACCCCCAAAACUUCGCUGCUAGACAAGGUGGCAAUCACGGUCUGUUUGGAAAUAGCACAGCACAAUCGAGAGGUAUGCACACACCAGUGCAGCCGCUAAAUUCUUCCCCUAAUCUCCGGGCGCAAGUGCCUCCCCAGUUUAUUUCUCCCCAGGUUUCUGCCUCAAUGCUCAAACAGUUUCCCAACAGUGGCCUGAAUCCAGGUCUUUUCAACGUGGGGCCCCAGUUAUCUCCUCAACAAAUUGCCAUGCUGAGCCAGCUUCCACAGAUCCCCCAGUUCCAGUUGGCAUGCCAGCUCCUCUUGCAGCAGCAGCAGCAGCAGCAGCAGCUGCUCCAGAACCAGAGGAAGAUCUCCCAGGCCGUGCGCCAGCAGCAGGAGCAGCAGCUGGCCCGGAUGGUGAGCGCGCUGCAGCAGCAGCAGAGGCAGCCGAGCAUGAAGCACUCGCCGUCGCAUCCCGUGGGGCCCAAGCCGCACCUGGACAACAUGGUCCCCAGCACGCUGAACGUGGGGCUCCCAGACCUGCAGAGCAAAGGGCCGAUCCCCGGAUACGGUUCUGGGUUCAGCUCCGGCGGCAUAGACUACGGCAUGGUCGGUGGGAAGGAGGCUGGGACCGAGUCUCGCUUUAAACAGUGGACCUCUAUGAUGGAGGGACUGCCCUCUGUAGCCACACAAGAAGCCAAUAUGCACAAAAAUGGCGCUAUCGUGGCCCCCGGUAAGGCCCGAGGAGGGUCACCGUACAACCAGUUCGAUAUCAUCCAGGGCGACACGCUGGGUGGCCACACGGGUCCUGCUGGUGAUAGCUGGUUACCUGCCAAAUCUCCACCAACAAAUAAAAUCGGAAGUAAAUCCAGCAAUGCCAGUUGGCCUCCAGAAUUUCAACCAGGAGUGCCAUGGAAAGGUAUCCAAAAUAUUGACCCUGAAUCUGACCCCUACGUCACCCCAGGAAGUGUGCUGGGGGGUACAGCCACAUCUCCCAUUGUAGAUACUGACCACCAACUUCUGCGGGAUAACACCACAGGGUCUAACUCUUCCCUCAACACCUCGCUGCCUUCACCUGGUGCCUGGCCCUAUAGUGCCUCUGACAACUCCUUUACCAACGUCCAUAGCACUUCAGCAAAGUUCCCUGACUAUAAAUCAACAUGGUCCCCGGAUCCCAUCGGACACAACCCCACUCAUCUCUCCAACAAGAUGUGGAAAAACCAUCUUUCCUCAAGGAACACUACCCCGCUGCCCCGCCCCCCGCCCGGCCUGACCACCCCCAAACCGUCCUCUCCCUGGAGCAGCACAGCACCCCGAUCGGUCAGGGGCUGGGGGACACAGGACUCGCGGCUCGCCUCAGCCUCGACCUGGAGUGACGGCGGCUCAGUUCGUCCGAGUUACUGGCUGGUCCUUCACAAUCUCACUCCACAGAUUGAUGGGUCAACCUUGAGAACCAUCUGCAUGCAGCAUGGCCCUCUGCUGACAUUCCACCUGAACCUAACCCAGGGCACCGCCCUGAUCCGAUACAGCACCAAACAGGAGGCGGCCAAGGCCCAGACUGCGCUGCACAUGUGCGUGUUGGGAAACACUACCAUCCUGGCCGAGUUCGCCACCGAUGAUGAAGUUAGCCGCUUUCUGGCGCAAGCGCAGCCCCCGACGCCCGCAGCCACCCCGAGCGCGCCUGCCGCCGGCUGGCAGUCGCUGGAGACCGGCCAGACCCCGUCCGACCCCGUGGGACCCGCGCUGAAUCUGUUUGGUGGGUCCACGGGUCUCGGGCAGUGGAGCAGCGGCGCUGGCGGCAGCGGGGCCGAUCUCGCCGGCGCCUCCUUGUGGGGCCCCCCAAACUAUUCUUCUAGCUUGUGGGGCGUCCCCCCCGUGGAAGACCCCCAUAGGAUGGGCAGUCCUGCUCCUUUACUACCUGGCGACCUUCUGGGAGGAGGGUCCGAUUCAAUCUGAACUUAGAACUUUCAACUCUGACCUCGUGACCUUUUUUGGAACAGCAGCAGCACUAACUUGACCUUUUCGUUUUUUUUUUCAACUUGCAAUAAAUACAUUUUUAAAAGGAAAAAAGAAAACGGAGAGAGAGAAAAAAAAAAAGGUGGGUCACUGACAGACUGAGCACAUAGUUGCCUCCCUUCUAACUUCAGUUUUUUCGUUUGGAAUAUGAAUCCAAAAAGAGAACAUAUCACUCUUGAAAUACUUGAAUCAUGAACGCCAACCUAGAAAGACAAUGUGAAGCAAGUACACAUACCAUUUAAAUUUAAACACAAAAAAAAUUAAAAAAAUUAGUUUCUA